CUGACACAUAAAGCAGAAUAUUUUAGCUCCCCUACCCCACCCCGCUCCUCGCCACCACUUCCACCACCGUCUCCUCCCUCCAAAAACACGCACACGCACACAGUAAAAGUGCAGCAUUUUCAAACCCAGAUCUUAAUUUUUCUUAUUUUAGCUUAAAUUCCCAAGCUGGACGCAAAUUGGCUUUUGCUAGCAAUUAUACUUAACUGACAAAUAGCAUAUAAUGGAUAAAAGAAGUUGGCCCUGGAAGAAAAAAUCAUCUGAAAAGCAAGUGGCUGAGAAAUCACUUGCAAUUGUGUCAGGCAUUCCUACUUCCCCUCCCAAUGUAGCGGCAACUCAGGCUGACCAGGCUAAACAGGAUAAUAGUAAAAAAGCAAAGCAUGUCCAAAUUUCAGUGGAGUCAUAUACACAUCUAACUGGAUUGGAGAAUCAAGUGAAGUCAUAUGAGGAACGAGUGAUGACUUUAGAGGAUGAAGUAAGGGAAUUAAACAAAAAACUAUCUGAAGCUAAUUCAGAAAUAAUUAAUAAAGAAAAUCUGGUGAAACAGCAUGCCAAAGUUGCUGAAGAAGCUGUCUCAGGUUGGGAAAAGGCUGAGGCAGAAGCUUCAGCAUUGAAAAAUCAUCUGGAAUCUGUCAUGCUGUUAAAGCUUACUUCUGAAGAUCGGGCAUCACAGUUGGAUGGUGCUCUUAAGGAAUGCAUGAGGCAGAUACGAAAUUUGAAGGAAGAGCAUGAACAAAAGUUGCAUGAAGUUAUUCUUAACAAAACAAAACAGUUUGACAAGAUGAAGCUUGACCUUGAAGCAAAGAUAGCUAAUUUGGACCAAGCAUUACUCAGGUCUGCUGCUGAAAAUGCUGCACUAUCGAGGUCUUUGCAAGAACGCUCCAAUACGCUGAUCAAGCUAAGUGAAGAGAAAACACAAGCUGAGGCAGAGAUAGAACAUUUGAGAACCAACAUUGAGUCCUGUGAGAAGGAAAUAAAGUCACUCGAUUAUGAGCUCCAUAUUGCCAGUAAGGAGAUUGAAAUUCGUAAUGAGGAGAAGAACAUGAGUGUGCGGUCUGCAGAUGCAGCAAACAAACAGCACCUGGAAGGAGUAAAGAAAAUUGCUAAGCUUGAAGCAGAAUGUCAAAGGUUACGAGGUCUUGUUCGGAAGAAAUUGCCAGGUCCUGCUGCACUAGCCCAAAUGAAACAUGAAGUUGAGAACCUCGGCCGAGACUAUGGAGAAUCCCAUUUAAGAAGGUUUCCAAUAACGCCUCCUUCUCCGCACUUGUUUCAACUUCCUGAAUUUUCACUUGACAAUUUGCAGAAGUAUCAGAAAGAGAAUGAGCUACUUGCAGAACGUCUAUUGGCAAUGGAAGAAGAAACAAAGAUUUUGAAAGAAGCAUUGUCGCACCGUAAUGACGAACUACAAGCCUCUAGGAGUAUAUGUGCCCAGACAGCUAGCAAGCUUCAAAGUUUAGAGGUGCAAAUGCAAGCUAACAGUGAGGAGAAAAGUUCUUCCAAAUCCAAUAUUCAGCUUGCAAUUGAUGGGUUGUAUAGUCAAAAUUGUAACGAUUCAGCAAGCUUGAUCUCCAGGGCUGGAGAUGGCAAUGAUGAUGAUGCUGUUUGUUCUGGGUCAUGUGCUACAGCAGUGACGUCUGAACUCUCUAAUUUCAAGAUGCAAAAGUAUGUUGAUUGUUUACAAAAAUCUGAAACUGCAAGUCACUUGGACCUUAUGGAUGACUUUCUGGAGAUGGAGAAAUUAGCACUUCUGUCAAAUAAUUCAAAUGAAGCAGUUUCCAGGGCAGAUACAUCUGGUAAUAUAUCCAAUGCAAGAUCUGGAAUUGUGAACCAUGAUAUGGUAGAAGUCACCACAAGCCCAGAUGCCCAAUCUAGUCAGCAUCAUAAUUCAAAAGCUCAAAAACAUCCCAAGGAAGAAGCAACUGCAUCAAGUCCUCAACUCCAAGUAUACCAGCCUAUUUUUCUGAAACUCCAAUCGAAGAUUUCGGUGCUUAAAUCAAUGUCUACGGAGAAGGACAUGGAAGGAUCUUUGGAGGACAUUUGUCGUGUUGUUCAGGAUUUUCUGGAUACUCUCCAUCACCAGUCGGUGAAUUGUGUUGAUGAGGUGACUCAUUGUCCUGCAACUCCAAGUUAUCACCAGACCUUUGCUGAGUAUCCUGCAAUUCCCGUGGAAAGGGAAAUGCUUUUGUCUGGAGAAGGCAAACCAUGUACUAAGUCUGCACAUACCACUAACCAAGAGGUAGAAGCUGCAAUUUCUCAGAUCUAUGCCUUUGUAAUGAAUCUUGGCAAAGAAGCUAAGGCUGUUGUGGGAAUAUCUCCAGAUGUAGUAGCGUUGAAACAAAAACUGGAUAUAUUCUCUGCCAAAUAUAAUGACAGCAUUAGAAGUGGUACAAAUCUGAUGGAUUUUGUUCUAGAUCUUUCUCAAGUGUUAAACAAAGCAGGUGUGCUUCAAUUUAAUGUCCUUGGAUAUAGAAGUUCUGAAGUGGAAAAUGGCAGUUAUGACUGUAUUGAUAAGAUCGUGUUACCAGAGAACAAGGGUGUAGUGGACUCAUUGGGGAAGAGAUAUCCGAAUGGUUGUGCCCACUUUUCUGAUACUACUUCUGAUCCUGACAUUUCACAUGAUGGAAAUCUUGUUCCAACCUCCGAAUCAACAACCCCUUUGUGGGAAUGCUCUUUGGAAGAGUUUGACCAAUUGAAAUUGGAGAGAGAUAAUAUGGCAAUUGAUCUUGCUACAUGUACUGAAAACUGGGAAAACACCAAGUCUCAGUUGCUUGAUACUGACCAACUUCUCACUGAGGUAAAGUCACAAUUAACAUCGGCGCAAAAAUCGAACAGGUUGGCUGAGACUCAGCUCAAAUGCAUGGCAGAGUCGUAUAAAUCACUUGAAACACGGGCAGAGGAGAUACAGACUGAAGUAAACAUCCUCCAUAGUAAAAUAGAAAGCUUGGACAAUGAGUUACAAGAGGAGAGAAGAAGUCAUCAAGAUGCAUUGACCAGAUGCAGAGAUCUUCAGGAGCAGCUGCAAAGGACUGAGUGUGCAGCAGCUGAUAUUGAUGCCAAGACUAACCAGGAGAAAGAGUUGGCAGCUGCUGCAGAGAAGCUUGCAGAGUGUCAAGAAACGAUAUUUUUUCUUGGUAAGAGGUUGAAAGCUUUACGUCCUCAAACCGACUCUAUAGGUUCCCCACAUAGUCUGAAAAGUAAGAAGAGCGAAGCCUCUACUGAAGAAGAGCCAAUUAUAAGUGGCUUGAAUUUGCAAGAUAUUGAUCCAGCAGAAAUGAAUGCCUCCUCUUCCAUCAACUUGCAGAGGGCUUGCUCCGACUCCCCCCCAGAUCUUUACAGUGUCCCGUUUAGUCCAUCCGACUCUGAAGUAUACAGUUUCUUAGGGUCGCCAAUCAGUUCAAAGCAUAGAAAACACCACCCAAACCAAUCAGGCUCCUCUUCCGCGUCAUCUACCCCUACGCCAGAGAAACAUUCUCGUGGAUUUAGCAGAUUUUUCUCCUCGAAAGGAAAGAAUGGUCUGUAGUUCUUGCGCCUCAAUAGAUUUAUUGCAGUUUGUGAAACUCGACUGACCAAAAAUCGUUUGUACUUGCCAUUCGAUUGUAAUUUUUUAUAUAAGUUUGAUAUUUUGGGGUGUUUAUCCAUUAGUUUGGAUUUAGAUCUUCUGUCUUUAGCAUGUAAAUCAAUGAUAAAUUACCUCUUUUUUGGGUGAAUUCAUUCA